AUGAUUUCUAGAUUCACUCUAAAAUUUAAGUCGAAUCAAAUUGAAAAUGACUAUAGAUAAGAAUAGCAUAUCCAUUUAAAAUCAGAAUUUACACUAUUUUCAAUAUAGACAAUUGUAUAAUAAGAACUUAUUUAGUUAUUUUUUGUGGCCUACAUAUUGUAUUACUUUCAAGAAGAAACUUUCAAUUUGAUAGUUGUAACUAAUAUUCUAGUCUUUAUGGUUUUAAUACUCUUAUGGAAAUGGCUAAUUGAUAAGUAACCUAGUAGUAAUAAAUAUAUAUUACCUUUUCUACAAAUUUAUUUUGCUUUCAUUUGGAAUCUUGACAAUUUUUUUCCAUAGUAAGUAGCCGAAGACGACUAUUCUUACUCACCAUUUACUUACGACUACAAUUGGUACUAUGGAAUGUAAGCAUUUUAUUUUCAUUUUGCGGUUAUGUAAUUAGGAUAUUAGAUCUGGCCUUAAGCAGUUGCUUUAUUGAUCAUCUAUUUUUAGUAUGUGACAUAUUAUCCUUCGAAAACUUUGGAGUAUUAUGCAAUGUGUUUAACAAUACUGUUGGUUUUCAUUGGAUUGAUUAUGAUGAAAUAUACGAAUGAAAAAACAAGGCGUAUGCAAUUUAGAAAUAGUAGAGAGCAAAAUAAUUGGAUAAAAACAAUUGAUUAAAUUCUAGAGUAAUCCGUGUUAGUAAUUAAAUUUGAUGAAAAAUAAGAUCAAUUAAUAUUGUCAUCUAUCAACGAUUUAUCAAAAUAGAGAUUGAAAAUCUCAAACAAUAAGGAUAUGAGGACAGUAUUAAGAGAUAUGCUCAUUAUAUAAGAAGCGAACAAAAAUAUUGAAGCCAAAAAGUAAAAUUUGGAGGAGGAAAUUCGAGAUGUCAUUAAGAAUUAGAAAUAGAAAUUAAUAUAAUACUAGUUAGAGGUAAAAUCAUAGUAGUAAAAUAAAGAGUUAAAGGUUAAAUUGAUUCAAUCUAUUAUGCAAGAGGAAGAAUGUGUGAUUUUGAUUUUCGAAUAGAAUUAAAAGAAUAAAAUUCGUGAUUUCCAACAAGUAAUGAAGCAAAAAGAAACAUUCAUCUUAUUCCUUUUAUAAUAAUUAACUACCUAAUUAAAAACCAUAAAAACCAGACUUUAAAUCGUUCUUUUAGUUAUAAACUUACAAUAAAUAAGAUUAUUUUUUAACUAUUAUGAUAUGCGAAAUAGGAAGGGGUGGAUUCAAAUUAGUCAAAUAUAAAAUCAGAUGAAUCUAUUACUGCAAAAGAAAAUUGAGUUUAAUGUCCAUAGUGAAUUAACUGGAUUUAUAACAAAUCAAGUCUAUUUUUUUAGCAUCUUAAUAAGUUUGGCUUAGCUUUUUGAUCGACUCUAAACAAUUAAAUUAAAGAAACGAAACAAAUUAAAUUAAGAUAGAUUAAAAGUAAGUUUAGAGGGAUCAAUGAUAGAUAUGAUACUAAAUUCAAAAAUUCUUAAAUAGAAUUUAAAUUUUAGUAGGAAUCCUGAAUAAAAUUAUAAAAUCAUUUUAUCAAAUUUAUAAAAAACGAUUGACGACAAAUCCUUAGACAUUAAGAAAAAAGCCUAAAUAAUAUCAAUUUAUUUAACUAAGUUUUUGUUAUGGAAUGCAUGGAGAGAAUGCAAUAUAAAUAUCAAAGUAAAUUUUGGACAGACAAUUCUAUCCUUCGAAUUUUCAUUAUGA